CUCCAUCUCCUGGCAUCUCUCUUUUUUCGCUCACGUUGUCUCUCCCGGUUAUCUAGGCCAUUUACAGACUCCCUGGUCUGUCGCUGGAACAGCCAAAAGGGACGGUUCUCUGGUGCAACUCGCUGGCCGACGGAAACUGAUACUUUUGCCACGCCGUAACCUUUGGAUCGCUUCUUCGCAAUUAGCAUGCCCUCAUCGAAGUCACACCUAGGCAAGGAUGGCGCCAGAGCCGGACUCCCCGUCUGCCUCCUCGGUCUUGCUGCCACUGCUCGGUAGUCGGGCGCGGAGAGGCUCGUUAGCUUCCAUAUCUUCGAGCAAGGGAGAGAUCGACCGACAGGCACUCGCGCAAGUCUUGGACUCCAUUCACACCACCGCCUCCAAGUCGGACACUUUGACAUCUUUCCAUGAUUAUGAUGGAGGAGCCCCUCGCGCCGGCGCCAAAGACCUGGUCAGUAAUGGCAUCUCGGGACUGUACGAGAGGUACAUCCGAGGCAUUGCGGGCGGCACCCCGGUCAAAGAAGGCUCAAGUCGACAGAAGAGUAGCGCCAAAAGCAGUCCUCGAGACACCCAGUCGCAAAAGCCGGAUCCCUCGAACGCCUCGAGCAGAGUUGCAAGCGCAACCCGUGCAUCUGAUGCCGCUUCUAUCAAAUCGGGACUAAGCACCGUCAACGAGCUUUCAAAGCAGCGCGCAAGUUUUGAGGGCCCCCCAGCAACUACAGAAGCAACGCAGGACCGUGAAGGGUUGGCCGAAUCUCCGGAAAGUAAGCGACACCCAAGCAAUGGGUUUCAGAGUGAGGCAGAUCUCGGUGCUCGAGACGCUAAAAACCGGACGGAUUUCGAUCGAUCGACGAGCCUGAUUGCGGGCAAUGAGCGCGGCGAGACGGCCGCGCAGGCUCUCGCCCGCGUUCUCUCCCACCAUGGCACUGCUACGACGGACAAUUCGCGCCAUACUCGAAGCUUGCAUGGGUCACGAGAGCUUGCAAAGAUAGCAGGGGAUUCCGACACCGACAUCACCGCGGAGCGAUCUCGCUCAAACCCCCCUCAAGCAUCGAACACUAAUAGAACAGUCGUGGAAGACUUUGAUCGAUCAAACCUCGAUCCUCUUCCAGACCAAGCCACUCCUCGCCCGCCCAUGGCUCAUGUGGGCAUAUCUCAUCUACCAGGCUACAAUCCCUCAAGAACAUCGUCUACCGAUGGCGGAGACGUGGCUUCUGUGAGCAGCUCACAAACCGGACAACUGAAACCCGCCUUUGAGAGCGCACCCAAUCUAACCUUUGCACCGCAAUAUCGCACAAUCACGAAUCACCACUACUCUCGCCAUUCGCACCCUUCGGAAGGGAUCCCCCAACACCUGAAACGCAGAGUCAUCAGCAAGGCAUUCUGGAUGAAGGAUGAAAAUGCUAAGGAUUGCUUCUACUGCGGCGAAGGCUUUUCGACAUUUCGACGCAAACAUCACUGUCGGACCUGUGGGCAAAUCUUCGACGCCAAAUGCACAAGUCUCGUUCCGGGACGACCGUUCGGUCAGCCAGGUACCAUUCGCCUAUGCAAACCAUGCGAGGCGAUGAUAUACGGAAGUGAUGACGAUCAGUCGACGGUCUUCUCCGAUGAUGCAUCGGAGUUUCAUCGCACUCCCACGCUUCGACGCACCACCAACUACGAAGACGGCGGACGGGACGCUCGGACGCCGGGUGUCACUUUUGACGAAGAUGACUUGGUGGAAGUCGCGACUCCCUCGAUUGCAAUACCUGCUUCUCGGCGGAACCGGGAAGCCAAACGUCGAUCGGCGGUCAUCGAGUUCGAUGCACCUCCUCCGCUGACACGCCCGGUAUCCUCGCAUUCUUUGAUCUCAUUGAGUAGGCGUCCUCGCUCUUCCAGUCACAGGCGACUUCACUCCCGCCAUCAAAAUGUUCGUGGGACCCGGGGAGGGUUUGGACACGAGCAAGUUCCUUUUCAGCAGGAUGAUAUUACCGAGGCAGGCGACAGCGCAGGGCUUUCGGCCUUUCACAAUGACAAUAUCAUCGACCCCGAUCUGGCACCGUACGCCUCCGAGGACGGCACAGAUGACGACGAACGACCAAACAUAUUCGGUUUGACAGAUGGCGCAAAUGGUUCCUCGCCGAAUGAUGGGGAGUUGCCGGGCUCCGCCUUACCCGGCGUGCUCACGAAGAAGGCAAGAACCAAGACCGGCUUGACUGCAGCUGGCAAAUCUGCAAAAGAUGAUGAAGCACUAAGCGAAGUCACCAAGCACCUGCCCAAAUUGUCCAGAAGGCGCAACCUGAGCUUUGGAAGCACAUCGAUCAACCGAGCCUCCCCGAGACGGAGCAGAAGUACCAACCUCAUCAAGCAGGUGGCUGAUCCAGACUCCUUUGACCGUCGGCACGACCUUUCUUCCACUCCGUCUAAAGAUGCAGUGACUAGAUCUGUUCGAAGUUCUGCCAUGCAUGGAAUUGACGCUCCUCCGAUGGAACUCAGCACCGCCGGCCUUGAACACCUGAAGCGGCUCUUACGACAAAUGCUGACGGACUACAACAUUCCCGCAAAGAAGACAUGGGAGAAGGCUCUGAUGCCAAUCCUCCUACAAUGCACUGACGACGUCGAGCCGAACGUGCAGGUCGGCGAUGAUAUGGAUAUCCGCCAUUACAUCAAGCUCAAGAAAACGCCCGGGGGCAAGCCUGGGGAUACUAGCUAUAUCAACGGUGUUGUCUUCUCCAAAAACGUGGCGCUGAAAAGCAUGGCUCGGUCUAUCAGUCGGCCCAGGAUAGCCAUUGUUACCUUUGCGGUGGAGUAUGCGAGACAUCAAGCACAUUUCAUGAGUCUUGAGCCGGUCAUUGCACAGGAGCAGGAAUACCUUCGCAACCUCAUCGGUCGAAUUGCAGCACUGCGGCCGCAGCUUCUGCUCGUUCAGCGUAAUGUUUCAGGCACAGCCCUGGAGCUGCUUGAGAAAGCUGGCAUUGCGGUUGCAUACAACAUCAAGGAAUCAGUCCUUGCUGCUGUAGCUCGGGUCACCCGUACAACAAUGAUCAAGUCGGUCGAUAAGUUGGCCAUUGACCCAUCUCAUCUGGGCAGAUGUGACAGCUUCGAGGUGAAGACUUAUGUGUACGAUGGGGCGAGGAAAUCGUACAUCUUCCUCUCCGGCUGUCCGCCCGAACUCGGCUGCACGGUUGUGCUGCGCGGUGCCGACACCGAGAGUCUACGGAAGAUGAAGCGAAUUGCCGAGUUCAUGUGCUAUGUGACGUACAAUGUCAAACUCGAGACGAGUCUACUCCGCGAUGAAUUCGUGUCGAUUCCAACGACUGCGCCUCAUCAGCUCCAAUCGACUGACUCUCCAAGUCAAAACCAGGCGGUCCAUCGCUCGAUUGGCCCCAUGUUUGGUCAUGGCGAGUCGAAAGGAGAUCCGGACAUCCGCUCACGUGGCGGGGGCGACAAGCCUUCCAAGUAUGAGAAAGUGGAGAUGGAGUCGCGGGCAAGAAUCUUAUCCGCCUCACCGUUUGUGGUGUUCAUGCAACCAUACCUGCUGACACAGCUGCGUGAAUCGGAAAGGCGACUCACGACGUACAAGUUGUUGCGCGAUCAGUACGCUGCGGCCGACGAAGCAGGCGAUGAAGAUGAAAAAGGCGAAGUGCAUGCUGCGUUCCAGAUGGUGCAGCCGGAGAUGGUUCAUGCCGCUCCAUCCAAGGACCAGCCAAAAGCGCUUCGCGAGUAUUUGCACGCCGUCCACGAAGCCCAGCUGGAAAAAACAAAGUACACUUACGACACGCAGAAGCGAUUAAUGGAUUCCUUCAUGUCAACCGGGAUCAAUCCAUUCGAUCCAUACGCGCAUCAGACCAUCGUUGUCCUCCAAUCAACGGUUUGCACGAUCAACUCUGCACCCUGUGGAGGGCCGGAUCUCUUGGGCAUUGGAUUCUACGCCGGCUUCAACCGGGUAGAGCCUCAAUUUGAGGAAGAUUGCACGCUGGGCCAGUACAUCGAAGAUCAUUGCUUGUCUGCGGGCAAUACCUGCAAAGAGUGUGGGAAGAAAAUGUAUGAUCACCAUCGCCAAUACGUCCACGGAUAUGGCCAGCUCUCGGUAUCUAUCAAACGCCAGCCCGCGAAGAUGCGUGGAUAUCAGAAGACAAUACUCAUGUGGGCAACAUGUCGCAUCUGCAAGCAGGAGACCACGGUCACGCCAAUGUCAGACAACACGUGGAAAUAUUCGUUCGCGAAAUAUCUGGAGCUGAGUUUCUGGAGCAGUCCAUUGCAUCCGCGAGCGGGCGUAUGUGAGCAUGAUCUGCACAAGGACUUUUUGAGGUGUUUUGGCUUCGAAGAGCUUGUUGUGUGCGUUCAGUACGAUUCAGUGGACAUUUACGACGUCGUUGUUCCCCGGCCCACCAUCACUUGGAAAGUCGAAUCGGACUUGCGGGUGAAGAACGAGCAGUUCUCGCACAUUGUCUCCCGUCUGAAUGCGUUCACCGAAUCCAUCAAGAAGCGUUUGGACUCGAUCAACGUCGAUACGCUGGAUGAGAAGCGGGCUAUCGAGGCGCAUGACUUGCUGGAAGAAUUGCACAAACGCGCCGAGGAUGAGCAUCAGGAACUGCUCGACAAGUUGCAAGCGAAGUACUCACAAUCCCGCUACUACGAACUGAUUCCGCUCAACCGCGCACUCCGGUUCAUGGACGAGAAAGCGCUUGCGUGGGACGAUACUUUCAACGACUUUGAGCGAGACUACUUCCCCUCUGAGACCGACAUUCGGAAACUGGCAACCUUGCAAUUGAGGAACAUGUUCUUGGAAUCUCAGCCACCUCUUAGUACUGGUGCGAGCGACGCCAGUGACAGCGAAGAAGGCACAGAAAUGGUAUCGGUGCCGCCCAAGAAGCUGAACAGAGGAAGUACGGAGCCGUUUCUGGGAUCUGACAAAGUGCACGACGUGCUCUCAUCCACAGUAGAAGAGCAUCGCAACUCCAUCGUCGAUAUUGACGACGUUCGGCCUCUGACUGCGGCAGCCGCCGAUACGUCAAAGACACUGUCCGUCAGAGAGGAACAAGAGCAGGCGGUCGAGCGGGAGGAUGUCAAGCACCUUGAUCUUGCCGUGCCUACAAUGCCACCACAAGACGAAUCCGCGCUCGAACUACAACCGACUUCGUCUGAUCAGUCCGGGCAGACCAUUCAGUCUGAGAGCGAAGACAGUCCGACCCAAGAAGGCCCGUUUGCUACGCAGAGUAGUAGCGUUGGCGCCGGCCUGAUGGAGCGCAUCGAACAAAUACGCAGUUACCGUCAAGGUGACAGCGGCGAUGGCGAGACAGGAUCUAGAAUUCCUCGACUUGCAGAUCUCAAGAAGCGAGAUCUAAGUCCGCGCCCCUCACUACUCCCGCCUCCCCUACUCCGAGCCCGGUCGUCUCCUUCUCCGCCAAGACGGUCACAUCAUCGCAGCAACGACUCGGAACACAGCAUCGAUGCUGUUGCAAAUGCGGCGAAUCUUUCGCACACCCAUGAAAUGCAUAUUGCGGAGCGACUUGGAAUGAACCGACUUGCCAGUAAAGUGGGCAAGUUGGCACCAUCCUUGAUCCCGCGCUCUAUUCUGAACUCGGACGAGCCGCACAACACACGAGUCUCGGCGCUGGCGAAGCACUUUGAGCAAAUGUCGAAAGAGUUUGAGAGGGAGAGGCAAAAGGAGCGCCGACAGAGAGUCUUGCGAAGCCGUCAAGCUCGUGCGAAUCCACUGGCAAGCAGUCGACCGGUUGUGGAAGUCUACCGCAAUGCUACUGACGCUGUGGGAGAGCGAAAUGUAGAGCAGGUAAAGGCAGAGGCAUCGGGCAAGGAUUCUCUCCGUGUUCGCAUACCACUGCUCGGUCCCAGUUCAGACGAGCAACCCGCGGAAGCUGCGCGAGAUGAAGAAGCACAGCCGAAAGACAGUGAUGAGCAGCCUGCACACGCAGAGUCUGAGGGCGACAGCGAGGCAGACGUUAGCGAUUCCGAGCAGCCGCACUCACACUCCAGAAACGCAUCCGAACAUACAGCAGAGGCCCUCUCUUCUGCGCUCGCGUCCCCCACGUCAGCAGGAGAUAUGGAUCUGAUGAGCGAGCUGACGAUCCCGGACCACAAAAAGAGUGUGUGGUUGAAGUAUCUCGCCGACUUCUGGUCCAAGCGCACUUCAUCGGGUUGGACGAGCUUGGAAUAUCCCCUGCACACCACGGAGCACGUCUUCGAGGACUCCGACAUUAUCGUACGAGAGGACGAGCCAUCAUCGGUCAUUGCAUUGUCUCUCUCCAGCCCCGACUAUCAGAAUAAAGUGCAAGAGUUCCGCAGCCAUCCGAAGAAGAACAGCAAGCUGAGCAGGCAAGCACAUUCGCAGCUUGGAGAUGUGGCAGAUGAGGAUCAUCGUGAGCGGGCGCUCGAGGCAUCGCUGUUGAGCGAUACGGGUACCCACAUGAAGUACUCUUUCGCACAUGGACCGGUCCGAGCGACUUGUAAAAUCUUCUAUGCAGAGGCGUUUGAUGCUCUACGCCGGAAGUGCGGUGUUGCCGACCGCUUUGUGGAAUCGGUCUCGAGAUGCCUGAAGUUCGACAUGAAAGGCGGCAAGACCAAGUCAUUGUUCUUGAAAACCCUGGACAGCCGCUUCUACAUCAAGAGCUUGCAAGAGGUGGAGCUCAAGGCUUUUACCAAGUUCGCCCCGGAUUACUUUGCUUUCAUGAGCCACACGCUGUUCCACGGUGUGCCGAGCGUCAUUGCAAAGAUGUUUGGACUAUUCCAGGUGAUUAUCAAGAACCCUGCCACGGGCAUGGACUUUUCCUACUACUUGCUGGUCAUGGAAAACCUCUUCUACGAGCGCAACCCCAACCGCCGCUUUGACCUAAAGGGCAGCAUGCGGAACCGCAAGAUCGAAAGCACCGGCCAGCCGGACGAAGUGCUGCUCGAUGAGAACCUCGUCGAAGCCAUCUUCGAAUCUCCAUUGUUCGUGCGAGAGCAUGCUCGCAAACUACUACAAGCGAGCGUAUGGAACGACACAAUGUGGCUGUGCAAGCAGAACGUAAUGGACUACAGCCUCAUGGCGGGCUUCGACGACGAUCGGAAGGAACUGGUGGUGGGCAUCAUCGACUGCAUCCGCACAUACACCUGGGACAAGAAGCUGGAGUCGUGGAUCAAGGACCGCGGCAAGAACAAGCCCACCAUCACCAGUCCGAAGGACUACCGGAAUCGCUUCCGCGUCAGCAUGAUGCAGUAUGUCUUGCAGGCGCCGAAUUGCUGGCACCAGUUCCAGACGCAGAUGCCGAUGCCGAAGACGCUGAAGGAGCGCGAGGAUGCGGUGGAUGAAGCAGAGAAGGAGAGGGAGAAGGCGGGUGAUGGGCGGAGGGAGGGGAUUGGUGUGGACGGAUGAAG